AUGGGCAAGUUUCCAUUCAUCGUGUCCAUUCAGGCCAAACUGAGCAACGACAUCUACUCGCGCAUCUUUGGUGGCUUGGAACACUUCUGUGGCGGCACGCUGAUUGCUCCAAGAUGGAUUUUGACAGCUGCCCACUGUAUGUUUGCCUACACUGACGACGGGAAGCAGGUGUCCCUUCUGAACCCCAAGGCCUGGCACGUGCGAAUGGCUACGGAUAAGCUUAGGCCUUCAGUGAUCGAUCGUAUGAAGGGCUUAUUUCACCGGGCUUUCAAUACACUCUUCGGAUACAGAAAGCCACAGACUUUCUAUCACUUAGAAAAAAUAAUUCUUCAUCCAGACUACGUGGAGGGCUUCCUCGAAAACGAUAUUGCUCUGUUGAAGCUGAAGGAGCACGUUCUUGUGCAUCGAAUGAAAUUGCUGGAUGUUUUACCACUUCCAAAUCCUCAUAUAGUGGGGAAAAUGUGGCCCAAAACAGGACAGAAUUGUUCUGCGGUUGGUUGGGGAAGCGCAUGCAUCAAUUGCCCGCCGGAGAUGUAUAUGAAAGUCGUCAACAUGCCUAUUAUUAGCCCAGAGAAGUGCAGAGGUAUGUUCAAGGUCUCGAUCAACCUGACCGAGACCAACGAGUUCUGCGCCGGGUACUUCAAGAAGAAUAUAGGCAUUUGUUCAGGUGAUAGCGGGGGUCCUUUGGUUUGCGAAUUUGAAGGAGAACGAUUACUUGCUGGUGUAACAUCUGCCAUUCAUGCUAAAAAACCGGAGAACUAUCCUGCCGUUUUCACACGGGUGGUCAGAUUCACUGAUUGGAUUUUCGAAACAAUGGGGAAAAACUAG